UCGGGCCUGGAAAUUGUGAUGGAUGGUAUAAAGAAUCUUCAUCAGCAACUCGUUCAAAAGAAGGACAGGAUCACCCAGUCCAUGAAUGUGCACAAGGGUCUCGGAUCGGCUCUCUGGUGCUCGCCAACUGAAGUCCUAUCCCAAAAUUUUAACUACUGUCUCCCGGAAGACAGCCCCUUGUUUCCAUCAAGGCUAGAAGCUCCCAUGCUGUUGACCGCAGUAUGCCGACGAUGGACGGAGGCUGCUGUGGGUGUACCCAGUUUAUGA